GUCUUUACAAAGUAUUUAUAACAUAUCGUGCGCAUUUGAUGCUGCAAUUGAGAUCAAUAAGAGUCUCUCUUCGUUCUGAUUGUCAGUUUCUUUGGCAUGGCAGAAAACAAGAAGAUGGAUGAUGACGAUGUCGUAGAUAAACCAGAUGAUAUAAAACUGAAGCGAUCUAUUGGUAUUGUAACCAGUAUCACCAUCUUAGUAGGAUCAAUGAUUGGCUCAGGAAUAUUCGUCAGUCCUACUGGUAUUCUGUGGAACGUUAGAAGCAUAGGAGCUACUCUUAUUAUAUGGGUUGCAUGUGGGAUCUUCAGUAUGCUCGGAGCGUACUGUUAUGCAGAACUUGGCACGAUAAUAGAGCGAUCCGGAGGGGAUUACAUUUAUGUAUAUGAAGCAUUUGGACCAUUUAUUGGAUUUUUGCGUUUAUGGAUGGAAGUAAUGGUUGUGAAACCUGCAACUGUCGCUAUUGUGGCUUUAGCAUUUGGAGAGUAUGUUGUUGUACCUUUGUAUCCAAACUGUCCGCUUCCCAUUAUGUUGGUCAGGAUUUUGGCAGUUUUAUGUAUUACAUUUUUAAGCUUUGCCAAUUCCUUUUCAAUCAAAUUUUCAACCAGAAUACAAGAUAUAUUUACAUUUGCGAAACUUGCCGCUCUUACAAUGAUCAUUAUAACCGGAUUUGUACAGAUUGGAUUUGGUCGUUAUGAAGAGCUGAAAGAACCUUUCGUCGAUUCGGACUGGAGUCCUGGUAAAAUAGCUAAUGCAUUUUACAGUGGUUUAUUUGCUUAUGGUGGCUGGAAUAACUUAAAUUGUAUGGUUGAAGAAAUGAAGAACCCCAAGAAACAUUUGCCCAUAGCAAUUGUGGUAUCGUGCUUGCUAGUGACCCUAUUUUACACAGCUGCUAAUAUGGCUUAUGUGACAGUCGUACCAGUUGCAGAGAUGUUGACCACAAGAGCUGUGGCUGUGACAUUUGCUAAUAAAAUAUACGGAAUGGUUUGGUGGAUAAUGCCAAUAUUUGUUGCUUGUUCAACGUUUGGGAGUGCUAACGGAACUAUAUUAACCACAUCGAGAAUAUUUGUUGCCGCUAGUCAGCUCAAACAAAUGCCAGCGUUUAUCAGUUACUUGCACACGGAUCGAUUAACACCUAUUCCGGCUGUUCUGUUCACUUGUAUCAUAUCAAUAAUCUACUUGCUUGCUGGAGAUAUUUUCACACUUAUGAAUUAUAUGGGUUUUGUUCAAUGGUUGGCAGUCGGUUUUUGUGUUCUGAUUGUAGUAAUUUUCAGAUUUACUCAUCCUAAUAUUCGACGUCCGGUUAAGGCUCCGAUAAUAUUUGCCAUUAUCUACUUAGUAGUUACUGCAUCUCUGUUAAUUUUCUCUUUUUAUGGAUCACCUCAAGAAUCAUUAUAUGGUAUUUUGAUCAUUUUAACCGGUAUACCGGUUUACAUACUCGGUUGUGCGUGGAGUCCUAAACCGAAAUCAUUUCAAGAGAAAAUGAUAAACAUCACGAUUGGAUUACAAAAACUCUUCCGUAUUGUACCAUCCAGUUGAAGAUGAAAGAUAAAGCAUAGGAUUAUUGUGUAAUGUGAACAUUGUUAAACAGUCAUUUUGUUGUGCUACCCGAACACUCACUUAUUGUAUAAAUUCACUGUAUGCAAAAAGAUAAUGUAGCUGAUUCAUUAGUUUUCUUUUUUUUUAUCGCCUUUUUUGUUAAAUGCUACAUUUACUUAACUAAAGUCAACGAAGCGAUCAACGUUGAUAACCGAUGUCCGGUUGCUCUUCUUCUUGGACUGCAUUAUUUUUGUACAUUUUAUCUAUUUGUGAUUGAAAUUCCCUCUUGACCAUUCUAUUCAUUAUUUUUUCAUUUGAAUUUUUAUAUUUUCAAAAUUAUUUUCCUAAAAUUUUCUUGUGACUUGACUGGUAGUUACGUAAUGGAGAUUUUUGGGCAUUACUAAUUGACUACACGACCUACUUACUUACUUACGCCUGUUACUCCCAAUGGAGCAUAGGCUGCCGACCAAUAUACUACACAAAGUGUAUAUGAUUUGAUUCUGUAUUUCUAUCUCUCUUUCUCCCUCUUAUUUCUCAUGAGAUUUAGAUAAACAAAAUAUAUGUAAAUUGUAUGCAAACAAUUGGUUUUCUUUAUUCAAUCUAUGAUAAUAUGUAUGAUAUUUGUAAUGUCUGUGUUAUUCUGUC